GAAAAAGGGGGCGGGAAGGUCUGUGGGGGUACCUGUCAAUUCGCCACCAUGAACGUGGUUUUUGCUGUGAAGCAAUACAUUUCCAAAAUGAUAGAGGACAGCGGACCCGGUAUGAAAGUACUUCUCAUGGAUAGAGAGACGACUGGAAUAGUGAGUAUGGUAUACACACAAUCAGAGAUUCUUCAGAAAGAAGUGUACCUCUUUGAACGCAUUGACUCUCAAAAUCGAGAAACUAUGAAACAUCUGAAGGCAAUUUGUUUUCUUCGACCUACAAAGGAAAACGUGGAUUAUCUAAUUCAGGAGCUCCGAAGACCCAAAUAUAGUAUAUAUUUUAUUUAUUUCAGUAAUGUGAUCAGCAAGAGUGAAGUGAAGUCAUUGGCUGAAGCUGAUGAGCAGGAAGUUGUGGCUGAAGUUCAGGAAUUUUAUGGUGAUUACAUUGCCGUGAAUCCACAUUUGUUUUCCCUCAAUAUUUUGGGUUGCUGCCAGGGUCGAAAUUGGGAUCCAGCCCAGCUAUCCAGAACAACUCAGGGACUGACAGCUCUCCUUUUAUCUCUGAAGAAAUGUCCCAUGAUUCGUUAUCAGCUUUCAUCAGAAGCAGCAAAGAGACUUGCCGAAUGUGUUAAGCAAGUGAUAACAAAAGAAUAUGAACUUUUUGAAUUUCGGCGAACUGAGGUUCCUCCAUUGCUACUUAUUUUAGAUCGCUGUGAUGAUGCCAUCACCCCAUUGCUAAACCAGUGGACAUAUCAGGCCAUGGUCCAUGAGCUUUUGGGCAUAAACAACAACCGGAUUGAUCUUUCCAGAGUACCAGGGAUCAGUAAAGACUUGAGAGAAGUGGUCCUGUCUGCUGAAAAUGAUGAAUUUUAUGCAAAUAACAUGUAUUUGAACUUUGCUGAGAUUGGUAGCAAUAUAAAGAAUCUCAUGGAAGACUUUCAGAAGAAGAAACCAAAAGAACAGCAAAAACUAGAGUCAAUAGCAGACAUGAAGGCAUUUGUUGAGAAUUAUCCACAGUUUAAGAAGAUGUCUGGAACUGUAUCAAAGCAUGUGACAGUGGUUGGAGAGCUGUCUCGAUUGGUCAGUGAACGGAAUCUGCUGGAAGUUUCAGAGGUUGAACAAGAACUGGCCUGUCAAAAUGACCAUUCUAAUGCUCUCCAGAAUGUAAAGAGGCUCCUACAAAACCCCAAAGUGACUGAGUUUGAUGCUGUCCGCCUGGUGAUGCUUUAUGCUCUACAUUAUGAGCGACACAGCAGUAACAGCCUGCCAGGACUAAUGAUGGACCUCAGGAAUAAAGGUGUCGCUGAAAAGUAUCGAAAGCUCGUAUCUGCAGUUGUGGAAUAUGGUGGUAAACGGGUCAGAGGAAGUGAUCUCUUCAGCCCCAAAGAUGCUGUGGCUAUUACCAAACAGUUCCUUAAAGGAUUAAAGGGAGUAGAAAAUGUAUAUACUCAGCAUCAACCUUUCCUACAUGAGACCCUGGACCAUCUCAUCAAAGGAAAGCUUAAAGAAAACCAGUACCCUUACAUAGGCCCCAGCACACUCAGAGACAGACCUCAGGAUAUUAUUGUGUUUGUAAUUGGAGGAACCACCUAUGAAGAGGCUCUAACAGUUUAUAACCUGAACCGUACCACUCCUGGAGUAAGGAUUGUCCUGGGAGGAACCACAGUGCACAACACAAAAAGUUUCCUAGAGGAAGUUUUGGCUUCUGAACUGCACAGUCGAAGCAAGGAGAGCUCUCAAGUUACAUCAAGAUCAGCAAGCAGGAGGUGA